AAAAGAAAAUACAUGAUAUGAUUUUGCUUCGCUUUGUUUCUAAAAAUGAGAAAAAAAUUAUUAUAGUUUGGAUUUGAAUACAUACUUCCACGUAAGAUACUGAGAUGGGCAAUGCAGGCAGCAACCAACCAAAAGAAUGGCACAAGGAUCAGGCGAGCAAGCAGCCAGACCUAGGGCCGUCGUCGCCAGCGAAGGAGGGCGAGGCGUUCACGUUCGACAAGAAGAAGGACGAGGACCGCGGCGCGCGCGAUGACGACAACAACAUCGAGGACGGCGCGCCCUACUACACGAAAGCCGUCCCCGAGCACGAGGCCGACGAGUCCGUCAUGCGAGAGAGGUCCAACACGCUCACAGAGAGCAAUAAGAAUUGUGAUAGUAUUGAUAUUAAAGUAUUACCUACCGUAUUCAAGUGGGAAGGAGGUGGAAAACAGGUUUUCAUAAGCGGAACAUUUACUGAUUGGAAAACAAUUCCCAUGGUGAAGUCUCAUGGAGAUUUUGUGACCAUUAUAGAUCUGCCCGAAGGGGAGCACCAGUACAAAUAUUUCGUAGACGGAGAGUGGCGACAUGAUCCCACUGUUAAAGUAGUUGACAAUGGCAUGGGUUCAAAAAACAACCUAGUGACAGUGAAGAUGUCGGAUUUUGAAGUGUUCCAAGCCCUAGCCAAAGAUAGCGAGGGAGUCCUCAGUAGUGCUCAGACUGAGUAUUCACAGGAAAUACCACAGUCAAAGCCAUGGGAGAAGGUGUCAGGUCCACCUAUCUUACCACCGCAUCUGCUGCAAGUUAUCCUCAACAAGGAUACACCUCUGUCUUGUGAACCGACCCUGCUGCCUGAGCCGAACCACGUGAUGCUGAACCACCUGUACGCGCUGUCGAUCAAGGACGGCGUGAUGGUGCUCUCCGCCACGCACCGCUACAGGAAAAAGUACGUCACCACGCUGCUCUACAAGCCUAUUUAAAUUAUUAUAGUUAUUUGGUGCCUUAAAAUUAUAGUAGUUAAGAGAUACUGGUUUUGUGAUGCGCUUAGUAUAAUACGAGGAGUGUCAUCGCGCUAGCGGUUUGUGGGCGAGAAUGGCAGGGUGUUUUUGUAUCAUGCAACAGCAAGACAACUAGCAAAAAUUGUACCAUCGAGGAAGUUGAUUCCUAUGCAAUUGACAGACUAACGUU